AUGGUGCGAUUACGCCAAGAUGACAAAAUUCGCUACAUCUUAAAUGUAGUAGUAGUGAUCAUUGGCACGGCAUCUGAUCAUCAGAGCGUUUUGAAAUUCCUCAGACCAAUCAUCAAAGAGUUUAUAGUCAUUGGUUACGUCUCUUUCCUUGGAAGUAAUUUGAUAUUAUCGAAAGUGACUAAUGUAUUUGGAAUACGUACGGCUGAAUUUGUUUUAAGUUUAAGUACAAUCGUCGGAAGACGCAAUCUGAAAAUAGACAUAGUGGAAAUAAUGUUGUUAAUGACCUGUAUAGUUACUCAGGGUUAA